AUGGUAGCGGUUAGAAAGCUGAGGCCUUACUUUCAGCCAAGGACGGCUAUUAAGGCACAAGCUCUAGCAGACUUCAUCAUUGAACUCACCCUUCUGCCAAAGCACCUACCAGGGAAACAUGCAGAUUGGAAAAUUUUUGUCGAUGGAUCUUCGAACGACGAAGGAUCCGGGGCCAGGAUCAUAAUGAUAGGUCCGAAUGGGGAAGAAUUGGAAUAUUCGUUGCGUUUUGAAUUCCCAACUACAAAUAACGAUGCCGAGUACGAGGCAGUGAUCACGGGUUUAAGAUUGGCAGCUAGACUUGGGAUAUCAUCAGCAGAAAUUUGCAGCGACUCUCGAUUGAUAAUCGGGCAAGUGACGGGGGAGUUCGAAGAAAAAGGCGGAAAGAUGGCAGCAUAUUUAAUGGAGGUCAAAAACUUGCAGAAGGGGUUCACCAGAUUUAAGAUAACUAAGGUUCCGCGAAAGGACAAUGAGCGGGCGGACGCGCUGGCCAAACUCACAUCCGCUAACCCCAGACGUCUGCCUCGCACAGCAAGCGUGCAAAUUCUGCGGCAACAUAGCAUCCCACACACGACCGAUGUCAUGAAUAUAGAGCACGAGAAGAGUUGGAUGGACCCGCUGUUUGAAUAUCUAACAAAGAAUAAAUUGCCGGAAGAUGCUUUCACGGCGAGAAGGCUAAAAAUUCGGGCAGCCUCGUUUGCCGUCAUCGAUGGACUGCUCUACAAACGAGGUUUCACGAUGCCAUAUUUGAAGUGUUUGCGACCAACAGAGGCACAGGAGGUGCUAGUCGAGGUACAUAUGAAAAUUUGUGGCAACCACCAAGGGGCCGCUUCCCUUGCGUUCAAGACGCUUCGACAAGGAUAUUAUUGGCCUAGUAUGAAGGAAGAUGCUAAGGAUUUGGUUAGGAAAUGCAAUGCAUGUCAACGCCAUGGAAAUUUGAUCCACAUUCCUGCCAAGCAACAGACGGCAAUUUUCGGGGUGUGCCCUUUCUUUCAAUGGGGGAUGGACAUCUCGGGACCUUUGUCCCUAGCCAAGGGACAAAGGAAGUUCUUGCUAGUCGCCGUAGACUACUUUACUAAGUGGGUGGAGGCUGAACCCUUGGCCACCAUCACGACUACAAAGGCGAAUGGGCAGGUUGAAGUGACUAACCGAACCAUACUAUGGGAUCUGAAGACGAGGCUGGAAAAGGAGAAAGGGCUUUGGGCGGAGGAAUUGCCCAAUGUACUGUGGGCAUAUCACACAACUCCCCGAGAGUCGACCGGGGAGACGCCAUUCAAGUUAGCUUUUGGGAUGGAAGCCGUGAUUCCGGUUGAGAUAUUAAGCGAGACGGGAAGGAUGAAAGUCAAGCAACACGAUGAAGCAGCGACUAGAGGAGAACUCGACCUCCUUGAAGGGAUAAGGGAUAAGGCAGCAAUAAGAAUGAUGGCUUACAAACGGAGAGCCGCCGAGUACUUCAAUAGGAAAGUCAAGCCAAGGGUCUUCCAGCCAGGAGAUCUCGUGCUAAGGGAUGCAGCAGCAGCAGGACACCCCCCACCAAAGCUUGGUCCAAACUGGGAAGGCCCGUACGAGGUAAUCCGCGGGCUGGGAAAGGGAGCUUACAGUUUGAAAGAUAUGAAAGGAAGACCGCUAGGUAGACCGUGGAACGCGAAACACCUCAAAAAGUAUUAUCAGUAG